AUGUCAUGUGAACUGCGCAAGGUGUGGUUUUUCCACGUCUGUACAGCUUCUGUUCAUAUGAACCAGAACCCUGAUUUUCCAGUGUUCUGGAUCCGUCCUCAGAUGCCAAAGGAGAAGAUCGAAGGAUGUCAUAUCUGCACAUCAGUGACGCCUGGCGAACCCCAGGUCCUCCUGGGAAAGGACAAAGCCUUUACCUACGACUUUGUCUUCGAUCUGGAUACGUGGCAGGAACAGAUCUACACAACCUGUGUGAGCAAACUCAUCGAAGGCUGCUUCGAGGGUUACAAUGCUACGGUGUUGGCAUAUGGCCAGACAGGUGCAGGUAAGACUUAUACCAUGGGCACUGGCUUUGACAUGAACAUUUCUGAAGAGGAGCUUGGCAUAAUCCCACGGGCCAUUAAACACUUGUUUAGUGGCAUAGAAGAGCGCAAGCGGUCUGCACAGGAACAGGGUGUACCCGCACCAGAGUUCAAAGUCAGUGCACAGUUUUUGGAGUUGUACAAUGAAGAGAUCCUGGAUCUUUUUGAUAGCACACGGGACCCUGACUCCCGCCACCGGAAAUCAAACAUCAAAAUACAUGAGGAUGCCAGUGGUGGUAUCUACACUACUGGUGUCACAUCUCGUCUCAUUGGCUCGCAGGACGAGCUGAUUCAGUGCCUGAAGCAGGGAGCUCUAUCCCGAACCACAGCCAGCACCCAGAUGAAUGUCCAGAGCUCUCGCUCCCAUGCAAUCUUCACCAUCUACCUUUGCCAAAUGCGAGUGUGCUCUCCUGUGCACUUGGUAAACGGAGAGACAAGCAGCCUCCUUGAGGGAUCUGAACCUGCUAACGAGUAUGAGACACGAACUGCCAAAUUCCACUUUGUUGAUCUGGCUGGCUCAGAGAGGUUGAAACGAACUGGAGCUACAGGCGAGAGAGCCAAAGAAGGGAUCUCCAUCAAUUGUGGCUUGUUAGCACUUGGAAAUGUCAUCAGUGCCCUUGGGGACCAGAGCAAGAAGGCCUUGCAUGUGCCCUACCGAGAUUCAAAGCUGACCCGGCUUCUGCAGGACUCACUUGGUGGCAACAGCCAAACCAUAAUGAUUGCCUGUGUGAGCCCUUCAGACCGGGAUUUUAUGGAGACCCUGAAUACCUUAAAGUAUGCCAACCGUGCUCGCAACAUCAAGAACAAAGUGGUGGUGAAUCAGGAUAAGACAAGCCAGCAAAUCAGUGCCCUACGAGCUGAAAUUGCCCGCCUUCAGAUGGAACUCAUGGAGUACAAGGCGGGAAAACGUGUCAUUGGAGAGGAUGGCUCUGAAGGAUACAGUGACCUGUUCCAUGAGAAUGCGAUGCUGCAGAAGGAGAACACCACCUUACGUAUGCGAGUGAAGGCCAUGCAAGAGGCUAUUGACGCCAUCAAUGUCAGGGUCACCCAUCUGAUGAGCCAGGAAGCCAACCUGAUUCUUGCCAAGGCAGGUGAUGGCAAUGAGGCUAUUGGUGCUCUGAUCCAGAACUAUAUCCGAGAAAUUGAGGAGCUCAGGACAAAACUUUUGGAGAGCGAAGCUAUGAAUGAGUCACUGCGUCGCAGCCUAUCUCGGACUUCUUCCAGGCUUCCUUAUGCCUUGGGCUUAUCUCCAGGGCCUGGUCUGGGAACGUCAAAUAGCCCUGUCACCUCUGUUGAAGCAGAGGCCUCUGAAAUCCUCCAGUGGGCCAAGCAGGACAUAGAACGGCUGAAGAAAGAGACUAAACUGCAAAAAAAUAGCCCAGAGAAGGAAGGGUUUAAGAAGAGGUUGAAGCUACAGCAGGAAAAUGAGGCAGAUGAGACAGAUGAAAAUGAAGUGGAAGAGGAGGAACGGGAUGAGAGUGGCUGUGAGGAAGAAGGUGGUCAGGAGGAAGAAGAGGAAGAUGAUUCAGGAAGUGAAGAAAGCCUGGUGGAUUCUGACUCGGAUGUUGAGGAAAAAACAGCAAAUUUCCAAGCUGACCUGGCUGACCUGACUUGUGAGAUCGAGAUCAAGCAGAAGCUGAUAGAUGAGUUGGAGAACAGCCAACGGCGCCUACAGACCCUUAAACAUCAAUAUGAGGAGAAGCUGAUUCUGCUGCAGAACAAGAUCCGUGACACCCAAUUAGAGAGGGACAGGGUCCUGCAGAACCUCAGUACCAUGGAAUGCUACACAGAAGAGAAAGCCAACAAGAUCAAAGCAGACUAUGAGAAGCGUCUGAGGGAGAUGAAUAGGGACUUGCAGAAGUUGCAGGCAGCCCAGAAGGAGCAUGCCCGCCUCCUCAAGAACCAGUCUCGUUAUGAACGAGAGUUGAAGAAGCUGCAUGCAGAAGUGGCAGAGAUGAAGAAAGCCAAGGUGGCUUUGAUGAAACAAAUGCGUGAGGAGCAGCAGAGGCGGAGACUGGCAGAGACCAAGAGAAACCGGGAGAUUGCCCAGCUGAAGAAGGAGCAGCGCAGACAGGAGUUUCAGAUUCGAACCCUAGAAUCUCAGAAACGGCAGCAGGAGAUCGUACUGCGCAGGAAGACCCAAGAGGUUUCUGCUCUGCGCCGUAUGACCAAACCUGUGUCUGACCGAGUUGCCGGGAGGAUGAACCAGAAGUCAGCCAUGCUGGACUCAGGUGCUGAAGCCUCCACCAGCACCACCUCCUCUGAACCAGAAUCUGGUUCUCGUUCUGUAUCCAGCAUUGUGCGGCAGUGGAAUCGGAAAAUCAACACCUUCCUGGGAGAUUCUCCUCCUUCCACAAAUGGGACUCGGACCAUCAGAAAGAAGUUUGCAAAGAAAGGGACAACCCAUACCUUCAGCAAGACAGCCCGCCUGAAGUGGCAGUCACUGGAGCGGCGUGUCUUUGAUAUUGUCAUGCAGAGGAUGACUGUCAUCAAUCUGGAAUCAGAUAUGGAACGGCUCAUCAAGAAACGUGAGGAAUUGUCACUGAUGCAAGAAAUGCUUCUGGGGAAGAGAGAGAAACUGCAGGCAGAGAGCCCUGAAGAGCAGAAGGGACUUCAGGAGCUGAAUGAGGAGAUUGAGGUGCUGGCAGCCAACAUUGACUACAUCAAUGACAGCAUUUCAGACUGCCAAGCCACCAUCAUGCAGAUUGAGGAGACCAAGGAAGAACUAGAUUCUACUGACACCUCCGUGGUGAUCAGUUCCUGUUCUCUGGCUGAAGCACGACUACUGCUGGAUAAUUUCCUCAAAGCUUCCAUCGACAAGAGCCUGCAGGUGGCCCAGAAGGAGGCUCAGAUACGACUUUUGGAAGGACGCUUGAGACAAACAGAUGUGACUGGCUCCUCCCAGAACCACCAUAUCCUGGAUGCUCUGCGGGAGAAGGCAGAAUCCCAUCCUGAGCUGCAGGCACUCAUCCACAAUGUACAACAAGAGAAUGGCUAUGCCAGUACAGAUGAGGAAGUCUCUGAAUUCAGCAUGGCCUCAGAAGGGAGUUUUUCCCAGUCUUUCUCCAUGAAGGGCUCUGCCAGUCAGGAUGACUUCAAGUGCCGAGGAGAGCCCAAGCUGUCUGGCCAGAUGAAGGCUGUGUCUGCAGAGUGCCUGGGGCCCAUGCUGGAUAUCUCCACCAAGAACAUCACCAAGUCAUUGGCAUCUCUGAUGGAGAUCAAAGAGGAUGGAGUUGGCUUUUCCAUUCGUGAUGCUUACUACAAGGAGAAGGUUUCUCGCACUAUCAGCCUGCCCACUCGAGGGAGUACUUUUCCUAGGCAGUCCCGUGGCUCAGACACAUCACCCCUCACAAGGAGGAAAUCCUAUGACCGGGGCCAGCCCAUCAGGACACCAGAUGUUGGAUUCACUCCCCCCUCAUCUCCUCCCAGCAGGCCACGCAAUGACCGCAACGUCUUCUCCCGCCUCACCAGCAACCAGAGUCAGGGCUCAGCACUGGACAAGUCAGAUGACAGUGACUCCUCUGUCUCGGAGGUGCUGAGGGGCAUCAUUAAUCCCGUGGGAGGUUCCAGGGGUGCCCGCACAGCCCCACUGCAAUGCAUCUCUGUGGCAGAAGGUCACACCAAGCCUGUUCUGUGCCUGGAUGCUACUGAUGAACUGCUGUUCACUGGAUCCAAAGAUCGGAGCUGCAAAAUGUGGAACUUAGUGACUGGUCAGGAAAUUGCCUCUUUGAAAGGACAUCCAAAUAAUGUAGUCUCCAUAAAGUACUGCAGCCUCUCUGGCCUGGUAUUCACAGUCUCUACCUCUUACAUCAAAGUGUGGGACAUCCGGGACUCUGCAAAGUGCAUUCGAACCCUCACCUCAUCGGGCCAAGUGAUUUCUGGGGAUGCCUGUGCUGGCACCACUACCCGCACUAUCACCAGUGUACAAGGCGAGCACCAGAUCAACCAGAUUGCACUCAACCCUACAGGGACCGUGCUUUAUGCAGCCACCGGCAACUCCGUCCGCAUCUGGGAGCUGAACAGACUGCAGCCCAUUGGGAAACUGACAGGCCACAUUGGGCCUGUGAUGUGCCUCACAGUGAACCAGACUGCAAACAACCAUGAUCUGAUCAUCACGGGAUCCAAAGACCACUAUGUCAAGAUGUUUGAAAUCGCAGAAGGUGUUGGUGGGAAUGUUGGCCCCACCCACAACUUUGAACCCCCACAUUAUGAUGGCAUUGAAUGCCUAGCUAUUCAGGGAGAUGUUCUCUUCAGUGGCUCCAGGGACAACGGGAUCAAGAAAUGGGACCUGGAGCAGCAGGAGCUCAUCCAGCAAAUCCCCAAUGCGCACAAAGACUGGGUUUGUGCUUUGGCCUUUGUGCCCAGCCGGCCCAUGUUGCUGAGUGCCUGCCGUGGUGGGACGGUGAAGGUCUGGAAUGUCGACAACUUCACUCCUGUUGGGGACAUUAAGGGGCAUGACAGUCCCAUCAAUGCCAUCUGCACCAAUUCAAAGCACAUAUUCACAGCAUCCAGUGACUGGACUGUGAAGCUCUGGAGUGUGAGGAAGCUACUGAACAGCACAAUCUAGAACUGGUGGAAGACUAGGCAUGGCAGCCACAGCAGGGCUGACCAGCAGUGGUGCCCUUGUUGAGCCUGGCUUACAAAGGCUAGGAAGCAAUGAUCAUCUUCCCACUGGAAUCUUGCACUCUCAGGGGCACAGGAACAGAGGGUAA